AUGAAAAAUCAUAACUUCUCCGCAACAAAAUCUAUUCGAUUUCUGUUUGUCAUCUUAUUACAUAAAUUUCAUAUUCAAGCUCAAGACAUUUUACUUAAUUGUUAUCCUAAUACUCCAAAUUAUACUUCUGGUAGUGAGUAUGAAACCAAUCUCAAGAACUUUCUUCUUCCUUCUCUGGUUUCAAAUGGUUCUAUUAAUGGAUUUUUCAAUACUUCAGUGAGUACAAAUCCAAAUAAUACUAUUUAUGGACUUGUUCAGUGCCGAGGUGAUAUUUCCAUGGAUGCUUGCAGAAGUUGUUUAAAAGAAUCAAGUGUUGUUGUCAUUCAGAAAUGCUCUAAUCAUAUAGAUGCCGAUAUUCGUCUCCAAACAUGUCUUUUACGUUACUCGAAUACUAGAUUUUUCGGAGAAGUUGAUAAGAGUAUGGUUGUUUUCACUUUGGUUAGGGAAAAUGUUAGUAAUCCGAAUGUAUUUAAUCGUCAACUGGGUAUUUUAAUGAAUAAUCUCAAAUCUAAUGCUUCAUUGAAAUCGUCUAAGUUUGAAGUUGACUAA